GAAACCCUAUCAGUGUGUGGAAUGUGGAAAGAGCUUCACUACUAGCUCCUAUCUCACAUCCCAUCAGAAAAUUCAUACAGGAGAGAAACCCUAUCAGUGCAUGGAAUGUGGAAAGAGCUUCCGUGACAAGAGAAGUCUUUCUUCUCAUCAACGAAUUCAUGCAAGGGAGAAAACUUAUCAGUGUGUGGAAUGUGGAAAGAGCUUCAGUACAAGCUCCCAUCUCACAGACCAUCAUAGAAUUCAUACAGGAGAGAAACCCUAUCAGUGCAUAGAAUGUGGAAAGAGCUUCAGUAGGAGCUCCCAUCUCACUUCCCAUCACAGAAUUCAUACAGGCGAGAAACCUUAUCGGUGCAUGGAAUGUGGAAAAAGCUUCAGUAUGAGCUCCUCUCUCAGUUCCCAUCAAAGAAUUCAUACGGGAGAGAAACCCCAUCAGUGUGUGGAAUGUGGAAAGAGCUUCAGUACAAUUACCCAUCUCAAUACCCAUCAAAGAAUUCAUACGGGAGAGAAACCCUAUCAGUGCAUGGAAUGUGGAAAGAGCUUCCGUCGGAGCACCGAUCUCACUUUCCAUCAAAGAAUUCAUACAGGGGAGAAAUCAUAUCAUUGCUUUGAAUGUGGAAAGAGCUUCAGUAAAAGCUCCCAUCUUAAUACCCAUCAAAGAAUUCACAGAGGGGAGAAACCAUAUCAGUGUAACGAAUGUGGAAAGAGCUUCAGUCAUAGCUCCCAUCUCACUUCCCAUCAAAUAAUUCAUACAGGGGAGAAACCAUAUCACUGCUUGGAAUGUGGAAAAAGCUUCAGUGCGAGCUCCUCUCUGAGUUCCCAUCAGAGAAUUCAUACAGGAGAGAAACCCUAUAAAUGUGUGCAAUGUGGAAAGAGCUUUCGUAAGAGCCACCAUCUCACUUCCCAUCAAAGAAUUCAUACAGGGGAGAAACCCUAUCAGUGUGUGGAAUGCGGAAAGAGCUUCAGUAUGAGCUCGAAUCUCACUUCCCAUCAAAUAAUUCAUACAGGGGAGAAACCGUAUCAAUGCAUGGAAUGUGGGAAGAGCUUCAGUCACAAUUCCUCUUUCACUUCCCAUCAAAGAAUUCAUACAGGGGAGAAACCCUAUCAGUGCUUGGAAUGUGGAAAGAACUUCAGAAGGAGCUCCCACCUCACUGACCAUCAUAGAAUUCAUACAGGGGAGAAACCCUUUCAGUGCUUGGAAUGUGGAAAGACAUUCUGUCGGAGCACCGAUCUCAGUUCCCAUCAAAGAAUCCAUACAGGGGAUAAACCAUACAAUUGCUUGGAAUGUGGAAAGAGCUUCAGUCACAACUCCUCUCUCACUUCCCAUCAAAGAAUUCAUACGGGGAAGAAACCCCAUCAGUGCGUGGAAUGUGGAAAGACAUUCUGUCGGAGCACUGAUCUCAUGUCCCAUCAAAGAAUUCAUUCAGGGGAGAAACCCUAUCAGUGCGUGGAAUGUGGAAAGCGAUUCUGCCGGAGUACCGAUCUCACUUUCCAUCAAAGAAUUCAUACAGGGGAGAAACCAUAUAAUUGCUUGGAAUGUGGAAAAAGCUUCAGUACGAGCUCCAAUCUCACUUCCCAUCAAAGAAUUCAUACAGGGGAGAAACCCUAUCAGUGUGCGGAAUGUGGAAAGAGCUUCAGUACAAGUUCCGAUCUCACUAAGCAUCAGAGAAUUCAUACAGGGGAUAAACCGUAUCAAUGCAUGGAAUGUGGAAAGAGCUUCAGUCACAACUCCUCUCUCACUUCCCAUCAAAGAAUUCAUACAGGGGAGAAACUCUAUAAGUGUGUGGAAUGUGGAAAAAGCUUCAGUAAGAGCUCCAAUCUCAUGACCCAUCAGAGAAUUCACAGAGGGGAUAAACCCUAUCAGUGUGUGGAAUGUGGAAAGAGCUUCAUUACAAGCUUCUCUCUCACUUCCCAUCAAAGAAUUCAUACAGGAGAGAAACCCUAUCAGUGCGUGGAAUGUGGAAAGAACUUCAGCUGUAGCUCCGCUCUCAGUUGCCAUCAAAGAAUGCAUACAGGGGAGAAGCCAUAUCAGUGUGUGGAAUGUGGAAAGAGCUUCAGGAAGAGCUCCGACCUCACUUCCCAUCAAAGAAUUCAUACUGGGGAGAAACCCUAUAAUUGUGUGGAAUGUGGAAGGAACUUCACUGCUGGCUCCUCUCUGAGUUCCCAUCAGAAAAUUCAUACAGGGGAGAAACCCUAUCAGUGCUUGGAAUGUGGAAAACACUUCAGAAAGAGCUCCGAUCUCACUUUCCAUCAAAGAAUUCAUACAGGGGAGAAGCCCUAUCAAUGUGUGGAAUGUGGAAAGAGCUUCAGGAAGAGCUCCCAUCUCACUUCCCAUCAAAGAAUUCAUACAGGGGAGAAACCCUAUCAAUGUGGGAAAUGUGGAAAGAGCUUUAGUCACAGUGGCCAUCUCACUUCCCAUAUAAUAAUUCAUACAACAGAGAAACCAUAUCAGUGCUUGGAAUGUGGAAAGAGCUUCAGUACGAACUCCUCUCUGAGUUCCCAUCAGAGAAUUCAUACAGGAGAGAAACCCUAUCACUGUAUGGAAUGUGGAAAGAGCUUCAGUACGAGCUCCUCUCUCACUUCCCAUCAAAUAAUUCAUACAACAGAGAAACCAUAUCAGUGCUUGGAAUGUGGAAAGAGCUUCAGUACGAGCUCCUCUCUGAAUUCCCAUCAGAGAAUUCAUACAGGAGAGAAACCGUAUCAGUGUGUGGAAUGUGGAAAGUCCUUCAGUCACGGAUCCCAUCUCACUUACCACCAGAGAAUUCAUACAGGUGAGAAACCUUAUCAUUGUGUGGAAUGUGGAAAGAGCUUCACUAAGAGAUCUGAUCUCACUAAACAUAAGAGAAUUCACGGAGGGGAGAAACCCUAUCACUGUGUAGAAUGUGGGAAGAGCUUCAUUCAGGGCUCCCAUCUCACUUCCCAUCAAAGAAUUCAUACAGGGGAGAAACCAUAUAAUUGUUUGGAAUGUGGUAAGAGCUUCAGUCAGAGCUCCCAUCUCACUUCCCAUCAAAGAAUUCAUACAGGGCAGAAACCCUAUGAGUGCAUGGAAUGUGGGAAGAACUUCAGGAAGAGCUCUGAUCUCAUGUCCCAUCAAAGAAUUCAUACAGGGGAGAAGCCAUAUCACUGCAUGGAGUGCGGAAAGAGCUUCUGUCAAAAGGCCAAUCUUACUUCCCAUCAAGUAAUUCAUACAGGGGAGAAACCCUAUCAGUGUGUGGAAUGUGGAAAGAGUUUUAGUAUGAACUCCUCUCUCAUUUCCCAUCAACGAAUUCAUACAGGGGAGAAACCAUAUCAGUGUGUGGAAUGUGGAAAGAGCUUCAGGGACAGCUCUCAACUCAGUUCCCAUCAAAGAAUUCAUACAGGGGAGAAACCCUAUCAGUGCAUAGAAUGUGGAAAGAGAUUCCUUCGGAGCACUGAUCUCACUUCCCACCAAAGAAUUCAUACAGGGGAGAAACCCUAUCAGUGCUUGGAAUGUGAAAAGAGCUUCAGUAACAGCUCCUCUCUCACUUCCCAUCAAAGAAUUCAUACAGGGGAGAAACCCUAUCAGUGUGUGGAAUGUGGAAAGAACUUCAGUAACAGCUCCUCUCUCACUUCCCAUCAAAGAAUUCAUACAGGGGAGAAACCCUAUCAGUGCAUUGAAUGUGGAAAGUGUUUCAGGAAGAGCUUCUCUCUCACUUCCCAUCAAAGAAUUCAUACAGGGGAGAAACCCUAUCAUUGUGGGGAAUGUGGAAAGAGCUUUAGUCAGAGUGGUCAUCUCACCUCCCAUCAAAGAAUUCAUACAGGUGAGAAACCCUAUCAGUGCCUGGAAUGUGGAAAGAGCUUCAGUUUGAGCUCCUAUCUCACUUCCCAUCAAAGAAUUCAUACAGGGGAGAAACCCUAUCAAUGCGGGGAAUGUGGAAAGUGCUUCAGUCAGGGCUCCUCUCUCACUUCCCAUCAAAGAAUUCAUACAGGUGAGAAACCCUAUCAGUGCAUGGAAUGUGGAAAGAGCUUCAGCUGGAGCACCGAUCUCACUUCCCACCAAAAAAUUCAUACAGGGGAGAAACCCUAUCAAUGUUUGCAAUGUGGAAAGUGCUUCAGUUUGAGCUCCUAUCUCACUUCCCAUCAAAGAAUUCAUACAGGGGAGAAACCCUAUCAGUGCAUGGAAUGUGGAAAGAGCUUCAGGAAGAGAUCCCAUCUCACUUCGCACCAAAUAAUUCAUACAGGGGAGAAACCCUAUCAGUGCAUGGAAUGUGGCAAAAGCUUCAGUCACAGUUCCUCUCUCACAUCCCAUCAGAGAAUUCAUAGAGGGGAGAAACCAUAUAAUUGUUUGGAAUGUGGAAAGAGUUUCAGCAAGAACUCCAAUCUCACCAAACAUCAGAGAAUUCAUACAGGGGAGAAACCCUAUCAUUGCUUGGAAUGUGGAAAGAGCUUCAGUCAGAGCUCCUCUCUCACUUCCCAUCAGAGAAUUCAUACAGGAGAGAAACCCUAUCAGUGUGUGGAAUGUGGAAAGAGCUUCAGUAGGAGCACCGAUCUCAUUUUCCACAAAAGAAUUCAUACAGGGGAGAAGCCAUAUCAGUGUGUGGAAUGUGGAAAGAGCUUCAGCGACAGCCGCAAUCUCAUUUUCCAUCAAAUAAUUCAUACAGGGGAGAAGCCCUAUCAGUGCGUGGAAUGUGGAAAGAGCUUCAGCGACAGCCGCAAUCUCACUUCCCAUCAAAGAAUUCAUAGAGGGGAGAAACCCUAUCAAUGUUUGGAAUGUGGAAAGAGCUUCAGUAGGAGCACCAAUCUCACUUCCCAUCAAAGAAUUCAUACAGGGGAGAAACCCUAUCAGUGUGUGGAAUGUGGAAAGAGCUUCAGUCACAGCCAGAAUCUCACUUCCCAUCAAAGAAUUCAUACAGGGGAGAAACCCUAUCAGUGUGUGGAGUGUGGAAAGAGCUUCAGUAAGAGCUCCUCUCUAACUUCCCAUCAAAGAAUUCAUACAUGGGAGAAACUCUUUCAGUGUGCAGAAUGUGGAAAGAGCUUCAGUAGGAGCACUGAUCUCAUUUCCCAUCAAAGAAUUCAUACAUGGGAGAAACUCUUUCAAUGUGCAGAAUGUGGAAAGAGCUUCAGUAGUAUUACCAAUCUCACUUCCCAUCAAAGAAUUCAUACAGGGCAAAAACUCUAUCAGUGUGCGGAAUGUGGAAAGAGCUUCGGGAAGAACUCCACUCUCACUUCCCAUCAAAAAAUUCAUACAGGGGAGAAACCUUAUCAGUGUGUGGGAUGUGCAAAAAGCUUCAGUCGGAGCUCCUCUCUCACUUCCCAUCAGAGAAUUCAUACAGGGGAGAAACCCCAUCAGUGUGUGGAAUGUGGAAAGAGCUUCAGUACGAGCUGCAAUCUCACUUCCCAUCAAAGAAUUCAUACAGGGGAGAAACCCUAUCAGUGUGUGGAGUGUGGAAAGAGCUUCAGUCACAGCCAGAAUCUCACUUCCCAUCAAAGAAUUCAUACAGGGGAGAAACCCUAUCAGUGUGUGGAGUGUGGAAAGUGCUUCAGUAAGAGCUCCUCUCUGACUUCCCAUCAAAAAAUUCAUUCAAAGGAGAAGCUAUCAGUGUGCAUGGAAUGUGGAAAGAGCUUCAGUCGGAAUGACACUCUCAAUUCCCAUCAAAGAAUUCACACAGGGGAGAAACCCUAUCAUUGUGUGGAAUGUGGAAAGAGCUUCAGUCGGAGGGAUAUUCUCACUUCCCAUCAGAGAAUUCAUACAGGGGAGAAACCUUAUCAAUGCAUGGAAUGUGGAAAGAGCUUCAGUCAGAGAUCUGAUCUCACUUCCCAUCAGAGAAUUCAUAGAGGGGAGAAACCAUAUCAGUGCGUGGAAUGUGGAAAGAGCUUCAGUCGGAGCGACGCUCUCACUUCCCAUCACAGAAUUCAUACAGGGGAGAAACCCUAUCACUGUGUGGAAUGUGGAAAGAGCUUCAGUCAUAGCUCAUCUCUCACUUCCCAUCAAAGAAUUCAUACAGGGGAGAAACCCUAUCAGUGCUUUGAAUGUGGAAAGAGCUUCAGUCAGAGUUCUGAUCUCGCCACCCAUCAAAUAAUUCAUACAGGGGAGAAACCCUAUCAGUGUGUGGAAUGUGGAAAGAGCUUCAGUCAUAGCUCAUCUCUCACUUCCCAUCAAAAAACUCAUACAAGGGAGAAAUCCUAUCAGUGUGUGGAAUGUGGAAAGAGCUUCAGUCGGAACAACGUUCUCACUUCCCAUCGAAGAAUUCAUACAGGGGAGAAACCCUAUCAGUGCAUGGAAUGUGGAAUGAGCUUCAGUCAGAGCUCCAAUCUCACUUCCCAUCAAAGAAUUCAUACAGGAGAGAAACCCCACCAUUGUGUGGCAUGUGGAAAGAGCUUCAGUAUGAAGGCCUCUCUCACUUCCCAUCAAAGAAUUCAUACAGGAGAGAAACCCUAUCAGUGCGUGGAAUGUGGAAAGAGCUUCAGUCAGAGUUCCGAUCUCACUAAGCAUCAGAGAAUUCAUACAGGGGAGAAACCCCAUCAGUGUGUGGAAUGUGGAAAGAGCUUCAGUAAUAGCUCAUCUCUCACUUCCCAUCAAAGAAUUCAUACAGGGGAGAAACCCUAUCAGUGCUUUGAAUGUGGAAAGAGUUUCAGUCACAGUUCCGAUCUCACUUCCCAUCAAAGAAUUCAUACAGGGGAGAAACCCUAUCAGUGUAUGGAAUGUGGAAAGAGCUUCCGUCACAGCCGCAAUCUCACUUCCCAUCAAAGAAUUCAUACAGGGGAAAAACCUUACCAAUGUGUGGAAUGUGGAAAGAGCUUCAGUCAGAGCUCCAAUCUCACUUCCCAUCAAAGAAUUCAUAACAAAGAGAAACCCUAUCAGUGCAAGGAAUGUGGAAAGAGCUUCAGUAGGAGCUCCUCUCUCACUAAGCAUCAGAAAAUUCAUACAGGGGAGAAACCCUAUCAGUGUGUGGAAUGUGGAAAGAGCUUCACUGAAAACUCCAAUCUCACUAAGCAUCAGAGAAUUCAUACAGGGGAGAAGCCCUAUCAGUGUGUGGAAUGUGGAAAGAGCUUCAUUAGCAGCCAUAGUCUCAUUACCCAUCACAGAAUUCAUACAGGGGAGAAACCUUAUCAGUGUGUGGAAUGUGGAAAGAGCUUCAAUAACAUUCAUAGUCUCACUAUCCAUCACAGAAUUCAUACAGGGGAGAAACCUUAUCAGUGUGUGGAAUGUGGAAAGAGCUUCAGUCAAGGCCAAAAUCUCACUUCCCAUCAAAGAAUUCAUACAGGCGAGAAACCCCAUCAGUGUGUGGAGUGUGGAAAGAGCUUCAGUAGGAGCUCCUCUCUCACUUCCCAUCAAAGAAUUCAUACAGGGGAGAAACCCUAUCAGUGUGUGGAAUGUGGAAAGAGCUUCAGUCAUGGCUCAAAUCUCACUUCCCAUCAGAGAAUUCAUACAGGAGAGAAACCCUAUCAGUGUGUGGAAUGUGGAAAGAGCUUCACUGAAAACUCCAAACUCACUAAGCACCAGAGAAUUCAUAUAGGGGAGAAACCUUAUCAGUGUGUGGAAUGUGGAAGGAGCUUCAGUACGGGCUCUGAUCUCACUUCCCAUCAAAGAAUUCAUACAGGGGAGAAACCUUAUCAGUGCAUGGAAUGUGGAGAGAGCUUCAGUCAUGCCUCAACUCUCACUUCCCAUCGAAGAAUUCAUACAGGGGAGAAACCCUAUCAGUGUGUGGAAUGUGGAAAGAGCUUCAUUAAUUGCUCAAAGCUCACUUCCCAUCAGAGAAUUCAUACAGGAGAGAAACCCUAUCAGUGUGUGGAAUGUGGAAAGUGCUUCACUGAAAACUCCAAACUCACUAAGCAUCAGAGAAUUCAUACAGGGUAGAAGCCUUAUCAGUGCGUGGAAUGUGGAAAGAGCUUCAGUAAGAGCCACAAUCUCACUUCCCAUCAAAGAAUUCAUACAGGGGAGAAACCUUAUCAGUGCGUGGGAUGUGGAAAGAGCUUCAGUAAGAGCCACAAUCUCACUUCCCAUCAAAGAAUUCAUACUGGAAAAAAACCCUAUCAGUGCGUGGAAUGUGGAAAGAGCUUCAGUCAGAUCUCCUCUCUCACUUCCCAUCAGAGAAAUCAUACAGGGGAGAAACCCUAUCAGUGUGUGGAAUGUGGAAAGAGCUUCAUUAACAGCCAUAGUCUCACUACCCACCACAGAAUUCAUACAGGGGAGAAACCUUAUCAGUGUGUGGAAUGUGGAAAGAGCUUCAUUAGCAGCCAUAGUCUCACUACCCAUCACAGAAUUCAUACAGGGGAGAAACCUUAUCAGUGUGUGGAAUGUGGAAAGAGCUUCAGUCAGAGUGCCAGUCUCACUUCCCAUCACAGAAUUCAUACAGGGGAGAAACCUUAUCAGUGUGUGGAAUGUGGAAAGAGCUUCAGUCAAGGCCAAAGUCUCACUUCCCAUCAAAGAAUUCAUACAGGCGAGAAACCCCAUCAGUGCAAGGAAUGUGGAAAGAGCUUCAGUAGGAGCUCCUCUCUCACUUCCCAUCAAAGAAUUCAUACAGGGGAGAAACCCUAUCAGUGCAAGGAAUGUGGAAAGAGCUUCACUAAUAACUCCGAUCUCACUUCCCAUCAAAGAAUUCAUACAGGGGAGAAACCCUAUCAGUGUGUGGAAUGUGGAAAGAGUUUCAGUCAUGGCUCAAAUCUCACUACCCAUCAGAGAAUUCAUACAGGAGAGAAACCCUAUCAGUGUGUGGAAUGUGGAAAGAGCUUCACUGAAAACUCCAAUCUCACUAAGCACCUGAGAAUUCAUACAGGGGAGAAACCUUAUCAGUGCAUGGAAUGUGGAAAGAGUUUCAGUACGGGCUCUGAUCUCACUUCCCAUCGAAGAAUUCAUACAGGGGAGAAACCUUAUCAGUGCGUGGAAUGUGGAAGGAGCUUCAGUACGGGCUCUGAUCUCACUUUCCAUCAAAGAAUUCAUACAGGGGAGAAACCUUAUCAGUGCGUGGAAUGUGGAAAGAGCUUCAGUAAGAGCCACAAUCUCACUUCCCAUCAAAGAAUUCAUUCUGGAGAGAAACCCUAUCAGUGCAAGGAAUGUGGAAAGAGCUUCAGUAGGAGCUCCUCUCUCACUAAGCAUCAGAAAAUUCAUACAGGGGAGAAACCCUAUCAGUGUGUGGAAUGUGGAAAGAGCUUCACUGAAAACUCCAAUCUCACUAAGCAUCAGAGAAUUCAUACAGGGGAGAAGCCCUAUCAGUGUGUGGAAUGUGGAAAGAGCUUCAUUAGCAGCCAUAGUCUCAUUACCCAUCACAGAAUUCAUACAGGGGAGAAACCUUAUCAGUGUGUGGAAUGUGGAAAGAGCUUCAAUAACAUUCAUAGUCUCACUAUCCAUCACAGAAUUCAUACAGGGGAGAAACCUUAUCAGUGUGUGGAAUGUGGAAAGAGCUUCAGUCAAGGCCAAAAUCUCACUUCCCAUCAAAGAAUUCAUACAGGCGAGAAACCCCAUCAGUGUGUGGAGUGUGGAAAGAGCUUCAGUAGGAGCUCCUCUCUCACUUCCCAUCAAAGAAUUCAUACAGGGGAGAAACCCUAUCAGUGUGUGGAAUGUAGAAAGAGCUUCAGUCAUGGCUCAAAUCUCACUUCCCAUCAGAGAAUUCAUACAGGAGAGAAACCCUAUCAGUGUGUGGAAUGUGGAAAGAGCUUCACUGAAAACUCCAAACUCACUAAGCACCAGAGAAUUCAUAUAGGGGAGAAACCUUAUCAGUGUGUGGAAUGUGGAAGGAGCUUCAGUACGGGCUCUGAUCUCACUUCCCAUCAAAGAAUUCAUACAGGGGAGAAACCUUAUCAGUGCAUGGAAUGUGGAGAGAGCUUCAGUCAUGCCUCAACUCUCACUUCCCAUCGAAGAAUUCAUACAGGGGAGAAACCCUAUCAGUGUGUGGAAUGUGGAAAGAGCUUCAUUAAUUGCUCAAAGCUCACUUCCCAUCAGAGAAUUCAUACAGGAGAGAAACCCUAUCAGUGUGUGGAAUGUGGAAAGUGCUUCACUGAAAACUCCAAACUCACUAAGCAUCAGAGAAUUCAUACAGGGUAGAAGCCUUAUCAGUGCGUGGAAUGUGGAAAGAGCUUCAGUAAGAGCCACAAUCUCACUUCCCAUCAAAGAAUUCAUACAGGGGAGAAACCUUAUCAGUGCGUGGGAUGUGGAAAGAGCUUCAGUAAGAGCCACAAUCUCACUUCCCAUCAAAGAAUUCAUACAAAGGUUGGAAAAUCCUUCAUUAUAUAACUUUAGGAGCCAGUCAAAUACCCACCUUCUUAACCAGGCCCCCCAUCAAUAUUUUAUUCAAGUCGGCACCACUGGGUA